AUGGGUUGGUUCAGUUGCUCAACGGCAGUCAACGGUCAACGCGAGAGUGCACUCGACAAACUAGGAAUCUGCACCGAGCAGACAGCAUCGGCAAGCAGAAGCGCCGAUGCUGCUGUAUCAGAAGCGUCAAUAGUGUUGCGCAACGAAGAGGCAUCGAUGGACAAAGUGGAAAUCGAUCGAAAUGCUAUUUUACCUCAAUAA